GGGGCGGUGGGGAAAGAGUGUCGUGCCUUGUAGUCAGAGAGCAGCAGACGGUGCACCUCUGCAAGAUUUGCCUCGCUGGUAGUGGGGAGGAGGAGAAAACGCUUGCACACCCGCCGCGCCUUUUGUCCCUCUCGGGGCCCCGUCGCCCCGGGGUGUGAUGGGAGAGACCAUGUCGAAACGGUUGAGAGCGGAGCCGGAGAUGGAGGAGCGCUCGUUCUGUAACCCGUACCCGGACUGCCGAGGUAACGGCGCCGCCUCGGCACCCACCAGCAGUACCGGGGCCGGAGCGCACGAUCAGCAACAGGAGGCAGCGGACUGCUUCGACUCGAACGGGAAGAUCAGUCCAGCCUUCGUAAAGCGGAUUCAACAUAAAAUCAAAGACCUUGUGAUACAGAUGGAAGAGGGUUUGAAGACUGCAGAUCCUCAUGAUUGUUGUGCUUACACAGGUUGGACAGGGAUUGCCCUUCUUUAUCUGCAAUGUUUCCGUGUAACACAGGAGUCUGUGCAUCUCCAGCGAUCUUUGUAUUAUGUGAAGAGGACUCUGCGUAAUCUGAAUGGUCGAAGAGUCACAUUUCUUUGUGGUGAUGCGGGACCUUUAGCUGUUGGUGCUGUUGUACAUCACAAGUUGAAGAAUCAAAUUGAAUCACAAGAAUGUGUCACAAAAUUGUUGCAACUGCAAAGAACUGUUGUUUGCCUGGAUUCUGAUAUCCCAGAUGAGCUGCUGUUUGGCAGAGCUGGAUACUUGUAUGCUUUACUAUAUGUGAAUACAGAGAUUGGGCAAGAUACCAUUCCUUUUUCUGUUAUUCAGGAGGUAGUUAAUGCCAUUAUCGAAUCUGGCAAGAAUCUAUCCAAGGAAGAACGCAAAACUGAACGCUGUCCUCUUCUCUACCAAUGGCACAAAAAACAGUAUGUUGGAGCAGCUCAUGGCCUAGCAGGGAUCUACUGUAUGCUAAUGCAGCCAGGCUCAAAGUUGGAUCAGGAGACCCUCAUGGAGCUAGUAAAACCCAGUGUGGACUAUGUGCGACAUAAAAAGUUUAGGUCUGGAAACUACCCUUCAUCAUUAAGCAAUGAGACUGACAGACUGGUCCAUUGGUGCCAUGGUGCUCCUGGUGUUAUACACAUGUUGAUUCAGUCUUACAAAACUUUUAAAGAAGAAAAGUAUUUGAGAGAUGCGGUGGAGUGUAGUGAUGUUAUCUGGCAGCGAGGGCUGCUGCGGAAGGGUUAUGGAAUCUGCCACGGAACUGCAGGCAACGGAUACGCUUUCCUCUCUCUAUACAAGUUGACUCGAGAUAAAAAGUAUCUCUACAGAGCUUGCAAGUUUGCUGAAUGGUGUUUGGAUUAUGGAACGCAUGGAUGUCGUAUCCCCGAUAGACCAUAUUCCUUGUUUGAAGUUUUCGUAGUGUGUAACGUUGAAAGUGUUGAUGACCAAAGCAUGAUGGCAAAUGAGACUGAAAAAUAG